AUGGCACUAUCAUCCCAUCCUUCACAAUCCGGCGGCCUUUCUGCUGCCAGCUUCCGCCAGUACGUCAAGGAGCUGGCUGAGGAGGGCGAUCUGUUGUCUAUCUUCAAAGAAGUCGACCCUCGUCUUGAGCUAGCAGCUAUCGUACGGAAGGUCUACGAAACUGAAGACAAAGCGCCUCUUUUCGAAAAUAUCAAAGGACGCCAGCAGAACGGUCUCUUUCGGGUCUUGGGAGCACCUGUGGGUGCCAGCAGUUUGCCGGGAAAGAGGUUCAUUCGCAUAGCAAAGUCGUUGGGACUUCCGUCCGAAUCCAGCGGCCGGGACAUCAUCUACGCCAUCAAACGCGCAAAGAAGCGUCAACCGAUCGCUCCAAGGAAGUUCGAGACUGGUCCGGUCAAAGAGCACAAGAUCUUCGGAGAUGAAAUCGCCCUGGAAAAACUUCCUGUUCCCCUCUUCCACGAAGACGAUGGCGGUAAAUACUUGCAAACAUUCGGCAUGUACAUCGUUCAGAGUCCCGAUGGUUCGUGGGUCAACUGGUCAAUCACCCGCGGCAUGGUUAAUGGCAAACGGUCUCUGGCCGGCCCCACCAUGUCGGCGCAAGAUAUCGGUGUCAUUCGAAAAAUGUGGCAAGACAGAGGCGAAGACAUGCCCUUUUCUCUUUGCUUUGGUGUACCACCUGCUGCCAUCAUGGUCGGCGGAAUGCCUAUCCCUAAGGGUGUGAAUGAGAGUGGCUUCGUAGGGGCUCUCCUUGGUCAGCCUGUGGAUGUCGUCAAGUCCGAGACCAAUAACAUCUGGGUUCCUCGCGAUGCGGAGAUCGUUCUCGAAGGCGUCGUUUCAAGGACUGAGACCGCUGACGAAGGACCUUUUGUCGAGUACCAUGGGCACGUGUUCCCUGGAUCAGGGAAGCCUUGUCCAGUAUUCAACAUCGAUGCCAUCACUUACCGAGAUGAUCCUAUUCUCCCCAUUUGUGUCGCGGGGAGGGCGACUGAGGAGAGCGAGACAGUCUGGGCUCUUACCCAGGCGGCUGAGGUUCUCAAUAUUUGCGAAGCCGCCGAGCUGCCAAUUGAAAUGGUGUGGAGUCCUUUUGAGUCUCACUGCCUCUGGUUUGUCCUCCAGGUCAACUGGUCCAAGUUGCGCGCGCUUCAGACCAACAUGAAAGAUUUCUGUGAGAAGGUUGGCCACACUGUCUUUUCAACUAAACCUGGUUUCUACAUUCCUAAGAUCUACCUGGUUGGAGAAGACAUUGACCCCACCAAUCUCAAUGAGCUUAUCUGGGCUGAGGCAACUAGAUGCCAACCCGAGAUCAACGAGUUCUUUUUCGACGCGUACGGUAACAUCCCUCUCAUCCCAUAUGUAAGCCAUGGUAUCAAAGAGAGAAGGAACCAUGUUAAGGUCAUUCAGAACUGA